AUGAACGUCGAGCGCGUUAUCGGUCACGAGUAUUUCCACAACUACACGGGCAAUAGGGUCACCCUCCGAGACUGGUUCCAGCUGUCGCUCAAGGAGGGCCUCACGGUCUUCCGCGAGAAUCAGUUCAUGGCCGACCACCACAGCCCCGCCGUGCAGCGGAUCAACGAAGUGACCACCCUGCGUAACUCGCAGUUCCGGGAGGACUCUGGCCCCAUGGCGCAUUCGGUCAGGCCGGCCUCCUACAUCGACAUCUCCAACUUCUACACCACGACCAUCUAUGAAAAGGCACCGACCGACCGACCAAGCCAUCCAUGGUGGCGCCUUGCGCGUCGUGACACUCACUGA